AUGGAUAACAAUAAUCAGUCUAAGCUACACAUUUGCAUCCUUUCAAGCCCCGGCAUAGGCCACCUAAUCCCAGCUCUUGUACUGGGCAAUCGCCUCGCCGGUGUCCACGACCUCAAAGUCACCGUCUUGGUUAUCACCACCGCGGAUUCACCAACCGAAACGCAACUCCUGAAAUCCUCGAAGAUGACAAGUCAUCGUCACCUCAACACCGUCGAAAUACCGCCGGUUGACAUCUCCGCUUUAUUUUGCGCAAACACUAAGAUGGACGCCCAGCUUUGCCUGCUCGUGCGCGCCGCUUUGCCGGGCGUGCGCUCCGCCUUGUGCGCCAUGAAGCACCGCCUCGACGCCCUCGUCGUCGAUCUUUUCGGCACGGAGGCCCUGCCGUUCGCCGACGAGCUUAACUUGCCCAAGUUUGUUUACGUUCCGACCACUGCUUGGUACACUGCCUUGACAGUUUACUGUCCGGUCCUGGACAAGGAAAUCGCGGGUCAGUAUGUUGACCAAGAAAAACCGUUGGAAAUUCCGGGUUGUAAACCGGUCCGACCGGAGGAUGUGGUUGACCCGAUGCUGGACCGGAAUGAUCCGGAGUACCGCGUGUACCUAGAGGAAGGACUAGGGUACACUAGGUCAGAUGGGAUCUUAAUGAAUACUUGGGAAGAUGUUGACCCGGUCUCACUCAAAGCACUUAGAGAGAAUGAAGCCCUGAGAAAAGUUGUGGGUAGACCGGUUUAUGCGAUUGGUCCGCUAACGAGAAGAACCGAAAAGAAAAGCCCCGAGAAGAACCGGUAUAUGCAAUGGUUAGACAAGCAACCUUACGAGUCUGUGUUGUACGUAUCGUUUGGGAGCGGCGGAACGUUAUCGGCCAAGCAGAUAACCGAGUUAGCUUGGGGAUUAGAACUGAGCGAGCAAAGAUUCAUUUGGGUGGUUCGACCACCGUCAGAAUGUGGCUCCAACAAGUCCUUUCUCACAAUCGGACAAGGUGUAGACGACAUGCCGGAUUAUUUGCCCGAGGGGUUUUUGACCCGGACCCACAAGCAAGGGUUGGUGGUUCCCGAGUGGGCUGAACAGACACUGAUCUUGAGACACCUCUCUAUCGGAGGGUUUUUGAGUCACUGUGGGUGGAACUCAACGCUAGAAAGCAUCACAAACGGGGUGCCAAUGAUAGCGUGGCCCUUGUACGCGGAGCAAAGGCAAAAUGCCACCCUGCUCACGGAGGAGUUGGGGGUUGCAAUUCGGCCUAUGAAGUUGCCAUCUAAGGGAGUAAUCGCAAGGGAAGAGGUGAAGAAAAUGGUGAAAAUGGUGUUACAGUACGAGGAAGGAAAGGAGAUGAGGGAAAGGGUUGAGAAGCUUAGGAUUAGUGCAGAGAAAGCUAUAAGCACCGGAGGUUCAUCUUACAAUUCCAUGUGUGAGGUUCUGAAUGCGAUUCAGAAAAGGAGAGAUUUGAAACUGUGCAAAUAA